CUUUGACUUCGUGUUCGAUUCGCAUUAGUCGACAGCCGCCAUGCAUUCCAGGUGUUCACAGGAAUUCAAUUGAUAGGCGCUACCCAUUUGCAUCUUCUUCACUCUAGAUUCGAGGACAGGCGAUGGAAGUAAUAAGAGCAGCCGUAAAGCUUGGAUCUGGAGCACACAAAAUUGCAGCUGUAACCUCCGGAAACAGGACUCACAGCUAUGCCCAGCUCCUGCGGUCUGCAUGGGAGCUCUCGACAAAGCUGCGAGACGACCGUGAUGGCCUAGAGCACAAGAAUAAGGCUUUACAAGGUGCUCGCGUUGGAAUCGUGGCAGCUCCCUCUGCCGAAUUUGUAGUGGGGAUUUGGGGAACGUGGUUGAGCGGUGGGGUCGCUGUGCCUUUGGCAUUGAGUCACCCAGAGAGCGAACUCCACCAUGUUUUCACUGAUGCGAAUAUAACACUGGUCAUCUCUACAGAUGAUCACAAAAGCCUGGUUGAAGGUGUUUCUCAGAAAGCUGCUGCUCGUCUUUUUAUCCUGCCUUCAAUCCCUUCACUCGAAGAAGGUGCCGACGGAAGUGAAGGAUACGAUCAAAUCUUGGACGAAGUUUUGUCCUUGUCGCAUGUCAAAGAUGAGGAGCUAGGACUGAUAAUUUACACUAGUGGCACUACUGGUAGGCCGAAGGGAGCUGUUCAUUCGCAAGGUGCAUUGGCUGCGCAGGUUGCUAUGCUCUCUAGUGCAUGGCAAUAUAAGCCGUCUGAUCGGUUCCUUCACUGUUUACCUUUGCACCAUGUUCAUGGCCUUUUCAACGCACUGCUUGCACCUCUUUAUGCUGGCUCUUCGGUCCAUUUCAUUCCAAAGUUCAGUGUGACUGGAGUAUGGCAGUGCUGGCGUGAAUCUUAUCCGAGUAAAAACUCACAAGCUGAAAAUCCUAUCACUUGUUUCACGGGAGUUCCAACCAUGUACGUAAGAUUGUUGCAAGGUUACGAAUCAAUGAACGCUGCGUCACGAGAGGCCGCUGCUUCCGCAGCGCGUCGUUUGCGUCUUAUGAUGUGUGGAUCUUCCGCUCUUCCGCUGCCAGUCUUUAUACAUUGGGAGAAAGUAACAGGCCAUCGGCUUUUGGAACGUUACGGAAUGACUGAGUUUGGAAUGGGACUGUCAAAUCCUCUUGAUGGAGAACGCAGGCCUGGUAGUGUUGGAGUGCCCUUGCCAGGUGUAGUGGUGAAGAUUGAGCCAGAAAGUGCUGAGUCCGAGCCUGGCACUGGGGAGCUGUGUGUUAAGAGUCCAUCCAUGUUCAGUGGAUAUUGGAAUCAACCUACGGUCACACAGGAAGCAUUUGAUGAGGAUGGAUUUUUCAAAACAGGAGAUUUUGUCAAGCAAGAGAGUGAUGGCUACAUUCGAAUCCUUGGGAGAACAAGCGUGGAUAUACUCAAGUCAGGAGGAUACAAGCUCUCAGCAUUGGAAAUCGAAUCUAUGCUACUAGAGCACCCAGAUAUAUCGGAGUGUGCUGUGCUGGGGAUUCCAGACAAGGAUUACGGCGAGGUGAUAGCCGCGGUCGUGAUUCUAGACACGGAGAACCAAAGCGAUGUGAAGAUGACGCUGCCUCAACUCCGAGACUGGGCAUUGAAAAGAAUGGCCCCAUACAAGAUCCCUCAGAGGCUACACGUAUGGGAAUCACUUCCCCGCAAUGCAAUGGGCAAGGUGAACAAAAAAGAGCUCAAAAGCUUGUUGACCACAAUCGCGUCUAGCCGCUUUUGACGAGGUGGUAGCCCGUCAUCAAGCUAGACACGCCGAGCACGGCAAAAGCCAUGAAGCUCGUAGCAACUGAAGCAGCGGCAUUGGAGUAGAAACCCGAGAGCUCGGCUGGCUUGAAAUCGGCGAUCAUGUCGAUUGCCGUGGCUCCGCUAGAAGAACACGAGAACAAGAGGUACGCCAACACCUGUAAGAUAGAGACGAGGAGAUUUGAUUCGUUCGUGAGUGAUUUAAUUGCUUCUCGGGACACGGUCGACACGAGAAAAAGAAAUAGAGGUUGCGAGAUCUUGCCUGGUCGAAAAAGUAUGUGAAGUAGUAUAGCUCGGGAGUGGGGACGUGGAUCCAUCCUUUGGAGACAAAGUGUACGAUGAAAAGAAUGACUUGGAUGAUGGAGUAGAGGCAAGCCACAACAUUGACGGCUA